AUGUUACACAAAGAAAAGGGAAGGUGCAAGUUCUCUGGAAUAGAAUAUACUUCUACACCACGUCGUAAUGAGGGCUGUUCUGCUGGAGUUUCAACAGAUUUAAUGCAAGACACGGGCUAUGCCACAAGCUCUUCAAUUACUUUCAGUCCUGUUUCUGCUACGGAGAUUGAUGUAUUCCCUGACAGUUUUGAUGAAGAAAGGUGUUUUGGGGCCAGAAAAUCUCUCCGGGGCAAACGACGUGUAGAUAUAUUGUCCGCUUUGAUGUCGUAUGAGAGAUCAGGGUAUGUACUUCGAAAAGUGCUCAGGUAUUUGAAAGUUUGCGACCGUCUGCCAAUGCUUUCUGUGUGUAAAUCAUGGCACUCAUUAAAAUGGCGCUUCCCAGAAAUGUUCACCAUAAAAAAGCAUGAGUGUACUGAGGAAAAUCGUGUCAAACACCUGCCGAAAUCAACUCUUGGUCGAAAGCCACUUAGUGUCGUUAACUAUUGUGGGGCUUCUUUACCUGCAGAUAGAUCGUGUAAUUACCAAUCCAAGGAAUUUUUGCAUGCAUGUCCUGUAUGCUCUGGAGUAGCAUUCUAUCGACCUAGUGAAUGGCCAAACCGUUUGCACUGUCAAGCUGUAGAUUGUGGUGUCUCUGUCUGCUUUGAUUGUCGAAGGGAGCAUUCACCUAGUGAAAAGUGUUCAGUGAAAGCCAGCUCACCAGUAAGGAGACUCUCUCCAAUUCAUCCUCGUUCAUCGCCUGUAAGAAGUCCACGAACACGUUGGCGACUAAUGAAAGCUUCACUUCGUCGUCUUUAA